AUGGAAUAAAUGGUCGGCAAGAGUAAGAAGAAGCGCAACAGCAAGGAUUCCACAUCCAGCAAUGCUGGCAGUGGUGAGGGCGAUGACAAGAAGAAGAAGGAUGGUGGCGGCGGAGGCGGCAAGAAGAAAGGAGGCGUCGGAAAAUCCAUAGGCUGCGAUAUCUUCAACGAUGCUGCCAUGGAGAACGCAUACUAUGUGUGCCACAAUGUCCAGGAUGUUCUGAAAUCGCGUGGCUUCGCCUGGCCCGAUGGCCAAAAGAAGAAAAAGAAGGGAAAACGCUGAGAACAGGUGUCCAAUAAUUUUCUGAUAAAAUUCUUAUGUGAGAGCAAAACAUUUAAA